UAACUCUCUCAACUCCUUCAACGGCCACAUAAAUUACGAUCCUCCACUAUGCCCAUGCUGCUUUGACUUGUUCGAUGUGGGAUCAAAGAAAGGCUCUAGCCCUGUGGCGGGCUCUUCUGACGAUAUAUCUCGGGUGGGGCAUGUUUAACGACACUAUGGUUCCCUUCUCACCCAAGGUCAAUGCUAGACUACGCGCCGCUUUGGUCCCACCCUACAGCUUUACGCACAAUGCAAAGCUGAACCUUUCACACCGAUCUCAGAUUACGAGACCGUUGUGGACAUCAGUUAUAAUUGUCUCUUGAUGUCUACUUGCUUUGCUAUGAGCCAAAGCGUGGUGGUCCUUGCCCGCUUGCAAGGUGAACUACGCUUUGGCCACAUUAGUGAUCCAGUAUUC